UUUUUCCUUUGAUUUUUUCGUUUUGUCAAAAACGCUGCAGGUCAGCUGUAGAAUGACAGCACAGGAACUGAAGCAUGCGAUUACAGCCAACGACCCCGUUUACCAACCUCACAACCAACGAGGAGAGUUCAUGGAGAUGGGAAAUAGGCUGCUGCACAAACUGGAGCUUGUGGGCUUGCUAAGCUUGGUUGUGUUUGCGACAGCAGCAGCAGAAUCCAAUAGUACUGGAGUUGGUCACAACGAUCAUGUAGUCGGUGACACCCGCCAAAUCACCGCUGCCAUUCUCCCCAAGCCGUUCGCUCUACUUUCUGUGAUCUGUUCCUAUGUCAUGAUACGAGAGGUAUUGGACGAUCAAAGAUCCGCUCACCAUAGUGGAUCUCCCAUCAAGAGAGUGUUGCUUUCAAUGGCCAUUGCCGAUGUUGUGUUUAGCAUCGGGUACUUUCUAGGCACGUGGCCUGGUCCAGCCGACAUGCCCAACAGCACCGUCAUGAACUAUGGCACGGUGGCAUCUUGUGAAUUUCAGGGAUUCAUCAUUUUACUUGGGUAUGUGGCAUCUAUACUUGGUGGGGCUGCCCUCUCUUUCUACUAUUUGCUAGUAGUUCGCUUUGGCAAAAGUGAUCCAGAUUUGCAUCGCAUAGAACGUUGGGUUUUGCCCGCGAUUUGGAUUGUGUCAUUAGCGUGGGCCAUAUACCCCCUACCGUUGGAUCUUUACAAUUUUGGAUUGGAGGUUUGUUUCCUGGAAUCUAUACCAGAGAUUUGCUCUGGAGACGAGUGUAUCCGAGGAUCCGACACUACAAUCCACCUAUUUGUGCUUGCUUUGUUGCCAUUCUUAUCCAUGUGCUUGAGUGUGGGAAUCAUGAUUUCAAUCUUUGUAAAGGUGAGGCAAGUCGAGAAUAUGAGCAGGAAAUACGCCGCAUCCAUACACAACCCAAGCAGUGGUCACCACACGUCAGCUAGAUCGUCCAUCAACAGCAACACGCAACACAGCCACCAUACUCAAUCGCAGCGAAACUCCGCAGUAAAUCGACAGAAAUCGCUUGCUGUUGCCAGACAAGGCAUGUUCUAUAUGCUCGCCUUCUUGGUGACCUACUUCUUUCCCUUUGUUUCCAUGUUACAAUAUGCAAUAUCUGGAACAUGGAAUGAAGUCUUUGAUGAUUUUGCCUAUGGAAUCUUUGUACCAUCUGCUGGUACCCUCAACUUUUUGGUAUUUGCACGACUACGAAGCCCCAUGAAAACACCCGAAGGUCGGGUCUUGCGAAGCAUCUUCUGUUGCACUUAUUUGCGAUCGAUGAGAAACGACAAUACUCCAGGAAGAGCCUCGGGACACGGUGGAGCAAGAGGAAGUUCCCAGCAUCAAGGGAGAAAUGGCCCUGCUGUCUCGGCAAUCCAAGAGGAAUGCAAGGAGGAAGAGUCUCCACCUCGAGAGGAAACCGACAUUGUACCUCCAGAAGAAUCAAAUUUGCAAUACACAGCAGAAGAAUCGGAUUUGGAGCAAGUGUCGAUACUUGAUUCACGAAAGGAGUGAAAGAGUUUGUCCGCCAACUCUACCAGUUGGACCUCUAUCUAUUCUCCCUACGAAUUGUCCAACACCAGAAGUUGCUGCCGUGAGCUGAUGAGGAGAGCAGAUCAGCGUGCCGGCAGUCUCCGCGAUUCGAUUUGAUGGAAAAUGAAGCGACAAAAACUCCCUUGCGGAGGUACUUUUCUUGUUUUGCAAGGCUGCCAUUUCCAGCUGCCAAACGUGAAAGUUGGAAGCUAGAGUUGGCUCGUGUCUCUCAAUACGGCAGUGAAACAUCCAAAGUCAGGCUUUGGGGGUUACGAAUUGAGCAAAUUUCAGUACAUGAACGUACAAACGUUUGCCCGGAGAGCUCAGUGCAACAAGGCUGUCACUCGAGUCGAGUCGAUGUGGGAUGCAAUCGAAAAAAAGAUUGUCGACGAAAACGAUAAUCAUUAGUGUGUUCGGCACUCAGAGAAUCCACUGAUGGUCAAAUCGCGGUCGUUGUCUUUGGCAACCGGAAGAAUGGUUAAUACAUGUAGUAUCGCCACGUGCACUGGGGAAAAUAGGCAUGACAAUGACAGCCUCGUUCACUGCCCUGGCCAAACCACAUGUCUGACCAGUUCAUCGGUUGCAACCAGUGGCUUCCUAUUCCAAGCUGAAAGUGAGAGGUCGCCACACGAUUGCUAUGCGAACUUCGAACAGGCAAGCUUCUUUUCAUCUUCCAUUAUACAUGUAUUGAUCCAGAUAAAUUUUUCUGGGGCGUCCCAGUUUGGGCGACUACAGAAGAAAGAGAUAGAAGUACUGUACCAGGCCAAGGGUCAUUCAGUGGUUCCACCGGUGCAUUUCCAGUUUCCCUGUCUACCGGUAUCGUUGCAAGUGUUGAUCCUUGGAAAGCGACCACAGAAUGAUCGCUGCACAAACCAAAAGUAAAUUUGACUUUCAGUUUAUUCCUAAUAGGCACCCCUUUACUAUCGCUGCAGCCGGCCCUGUACAUGCACAAUGCACGGUUGACCUUGACGAUCAAAGAACAUCAACGUGUCUCUGUGACGUUAGAUUCAGCUUGCCAAUUGUGCCAAAUUCUGGAGCCGGUUCUCUUGGCAGAGAUCAGCAUUGAUGCACAUUCUAGCUACUAGGUAUGGUACCCCCAUGCCUUGACUUGCCAAGGAUAAUCCGGACUGUUUGCUAAAC